UAGGAUUAUAGUAGAUAAUAUUAGACCUCUUUUCGAAACGAUUACUAUAAUUCGGUCAUGAUAGUAAAAAAUCAAUCACAGUUCCAUUGCAGAUGAUAAAUUCAUAUACCUACGUGUAUAGUGUGUGUACAGUGUUUUUAUUUUAAAAAAUGUCGUUAGAAAGAAUAUCGAAUCCAAUGGACAUGGAAACUAGAAAAGACGACUUAAGAAUGAAUUUAUGCCAGAAAUUAAAAUAUAUAAUCACCCGUAUAACAGUGGAGCCUGUAAUCUUCUUCUAUAUACUACCAGGGACCAUGGGAUACUUGGCAACGCAAAAUAUGAAUUUAGAAAAAGCUUGCAGAGUAAACAUUGGCUAUAAUACCACGGUAUGUGAUGCUAUGUUCAGAAGGGAUCGAUCAGGUUACGAGGGUUACCAAGAAGUUGAGGUGCAAAACUUGGUAGCUAAAAUGAUGACUGUUAAAACUGCAAUCGUUGGUUUUUUUCCUACUUGCUUGCUUCUAUUUUUUGGUUCAUGGAGCGACAGACACAGCAAGAGGAAGCCAGUUAUUAUUGUUCCUAUAGUGGGGGAUAUCAUAAGUUAUGCAUGUCUUUUCGUUUGUGCAUAUUUCUUUUUAGAAUUAUCAGUGGAAUACUCAACGUUUUCUGAUGCUCUUCCGUUUGCUCUAGGAGGAGGUAUACCAUGUAUCUCUUUGGGAGUUUUCAGUUAUAUCAGUGGUAUAAGCUCAAACAAAGACAGAACUGUUCGUGUGGGAGCGGUAUCCAUGUUUCAAAAUACUGCUAUUGCGGUUGGCAAUGCCUUAGGUGGUCUAUUCAUUGAACCAUUAGGUUAUAAAGGGGUUUACCUACUAACAACUAUUGUUAUGACAAUAAUUUUGAUUUAUGCAUUAUUUGUAAUUAAGGACCCAAAAAUUAUCGAGAAUCAUGAUACGGAACAGAACUGUAUUAAAGACUUCUUCAAUUUAGGGCACAUAAAGAAAACGUUCACAAUUUGUUUCAGUGAGGAAAAGAGAUCGAAAAUGAUAGUUUUGAUGUUUCUUACUGUGAUGAUUAUGGGGCCGUUUUAUGGUGAAUUGACAGUCCUUUACCUCUACACUAGAUAUAAAUUCCAAUGGAACGAAGUUAACUACAGCGUGUAUAAUACUUUACAGUUUACAAUUCAAAUUUGUGGAAGUACUUUUGCGUUAUAUUUUUUCUCAAAAUACCUCAAACUGAAUGAUGCUGUCUUGGGAAUGAUAGCUAUGUUAAGCAAGAUUUCGGCAUGUCUUUUUUAUGCUAUGGCUCCAACUGGUUCAACAUUCUUGAUAGGUGUUUGUAUUGAAAUAUUUCAUGGAACUUCUCAUAUAGCGAUGAGAUCUAUAAUUUCGAAAGUUGUCCCACCUCAUGAAUUGGGCCAGUCCAGCUCUGUGUUUGGGGUUUGUGAAGCUGUAAUGCCUCUGCUGUUUGGACCGCUCUACACGAAUCUGUAUCAAUACACUUUGCAAUUCUUUCCUGGUGCUUUUUAUUUAUUAUCAGCUGGAUUUUAUCUUGUAACUGUAUUUUUAUUUGGAUGGUUGUAUUAUGCAAGCAAAGAGAAUACUAAGAAAAAACAUGAAGAUCUGUAUUACGAAGAAAAACCUUUAAAAAAUAUAAUGGAAAAUUUGGAAGAAGCCUGAGAAAUAAUACAUAUGUAUAGUGAAACAUAUUUUUAUAUUGAAAAAAUAAAUAUAAUAUCUAAACAUA